AAAAAAAAAAAAAACAUUGAGCUCCACCAGCCACCAAGAGAGGGCUUUUCCCUUAAACCCCCAUUGUUUUUUGUUGUUGUUGCAGAUACCAAAAAUUACGAAAGAAAAUGAUAUCAUCAAUUUCUUGGUUACCCAAAGGCGCAGCCAACCCUGUACCCGCCGUAGCAGACCCUCCUUCCAAAGAAGAAAUCGACGAGAUCGUCAAGUCCGCCGCUUUCGACAAAAGUGGACAAAGUGACAAUGAGGACGGUGAUGAAGAUAUGGAUGAUGGUGCAUCCAAUGAGGCUGGUGAAGUUGCCCAGGCAUUAGAGGUAGCAGAUGCACUUGGCAGAACUUCCAAUACUGCAAAGUCAGGGACUAGUUUUGACAGCAUAACUGAUGGUUUGAGGGAACUUGACAUGGAAAAUUAUGAUGAAGAAGAUGAUGGCAUUGAGUUAUUUAGCACAGGGUUUGGAGACCUUUACUACCCAAGUAAUGACAUGGAUCCAUAUCUAAAAGAUAAGAGUGACGAUGACUCUGAAGAGGUUGAGGACAUGACUAUUAAUCCAACUGAUGCUGUCCUGGUUUGUGCACAUAGUGGGGAUGAAGUCAGUCAGCUUGAGGUUUGGAUAUAUGAGGAAACUGAUGAUGGUGAUUCAAACAUGUAUGUUCACCAUGAUAUCAUCAUUUCAGCAAAUCCUCUUUGUACCGCAUGGCUAGAUUGUCCACUUAAAGGUGGAGAAAAAGGGAAUUUUGUUGCUGUUGGCUCAAUGGAACCUUCUAUCGAAAUAUGGGAUCUUGACAUUAUUGAUGAAGUACAACCAUGUGUGGUGCUGGGUGGCAUUGCUGAGAGGAAGGAGAAAAAAAAUAAGAUAUCAGUCAAGUACAAAAAAGACAGUCACAAAGGUCCAGUGCUUGGUCUUGCUUGGAACAAGGAGUACAGGAAUAUACUUGCUAGUGCAAGUGCUGACAAACGAGUUAAGAUUUGGGAUGUGGCUACUGGAAAAUGUGAUAUUACCAUGGAGCAUCAUACGGACAAGGUUCAAGCAGUUGCAUGGAAUCAUCACGCACCACGAGUUAUUCUUAGUGGAUCUUUUGAUCGUUCAGUAGUCAUGAAGGAUGGUAGAGUGCCAGAGCAUUCUGGUUAUAAAUGGUCAGUCACAGCUGAUGUAGAAAGCUUGGCAUGGGAUCCACACAACCAAAACUUAUUUGUGGUGAGUCUUGAAGAUGGUACUGUCCAGGGUUUUGAUGUCCGGGCAGCCAAGUCUGAAGCAACUUCUGAGUUAAAACCUAGUUUUACUCUCCAUGCACAUGACAAAGCCGUUUGCACAGUCUCCUAUAAUCCUUCAGCACCCAAUCUUCUUGCAACUGGAUCCGAGGAUAAAAUGGUAAAGCUUUGGGAUCUAUCAAACAAUCAACCUUCAUGUGUUGCAUCCACAAAUCCUAAAGUAGGAGCUAUCUUUUCCAUGUCCUUCUCAGAGGACAGCCCCUUUUUGCUGGCUAUGGGAGGCUCUAAGGGGAAAUUGAAAGUAUGGGACGUAUUAUCUGAUGAUAGGGUCCAUCAAAGAUUUGGGAACUAUAUCAAGCGGAAGAUACCUCAAUCUGGCUCUUGAUGUUAUUAAAUUGGAAGAUGAAAGAAAUUUUUGUUUCUCAUAAGCAAGUCAUCUCUGUUUUUGACAUGAAGAGUAUGUAUUUUUGUGAAACAGUAUUACCUACCAGUAAUGUUCUCAAAAUUUUGAUUGAAUAUGACAUCCCCCACUUUUUUCUUCUUU